AUGUCUCAGCCACCGGAAGACACGCCUUACAGCACGCUUGAGGUCUCUGCGCGGGACCCAGAGACCUUCCAGAAGGAGGUGAUACAAUAUCCAGACCACAGCUAUCCGCAAGCUGUUCCUGUCGAACAGGUAGCAGUGGGGGGUACACAAUCGUAUUAUGCUCCCGAGUCCGCGAAAGAAGUCGUAAAUCCAUCACAUAUAUAUCCUGGUGUCGUUCCAGGCCCGUAUAAAGACCCAAACUACGCUGCAGGUUCAGUUUACCAUCAAAACGCCGCAGCAUAUCCCAACGGCGCAGGCUAUCCCGCAAGCACGAUCUAUUCUGAUGGAUCAGCCUAUCCAAACAGCGCAUAUCCUCCUUCUGCUUAUGGACCCGGGCCAAUAGGCGCGGCCGGAUUCGACGGCGAGCAUCCCCCUACAGAGAAGGCAACUCCAACAAGGACAAUAUGUGGCCUUCCAAGGAAAACAUUUUUUAUAAUUCUAGGAGUGGUGAUCGUCGUGGUUAUCGCGCUAGUAGUAGGAAUACCGGCCGGCUUGGCGAGUAAAAACCAUGCGUCAGGAUCAACAGAUUCAGCGGAGUCGUCGGGGUCGUCGGGGUCGAACAAUGGCAGUUCAACAGAUCUCCCGUCGAAUUCGACAGACGAAAAGCUCAUACUUGACAACUCGAAAAUAACCGCAUCUAACUGGACAGAUCCCAAUGGGGUCAUUCACAGGACUAUCUUUUUCCAGGAUGCAUAUAAUUCUCUUAUCGCUCGGCGUUGGGAUUCCAAGAAUAAGUCGUGGAAGACGAAUAACCUAACCGAGUUGAUGGCUGCGACAACGAAGCCUCUCAACCCACAACCGGGAACACCAUUAGCGAGCGCGUCUAUGGAUUAUAAGCAAACGUUCGAGACACAUGUAUGGUUCACGGACCCGGGUAACGUUAUAAGAUCUAUGGCUUCCUUCGACGCGCUUAAUAGACCCGACAGCUGGGAUAAUGAUACGCUCGAUGAUGCUAGACUAGAAACUUGGCCUGGCGGUCAGUUAGCGGCGAUGUGGCAACGCUGUUGGGGCGCCGAUUGUGAAGGUACUUGGGUCGUCGCCUACCAACGACCAGAAGGAGCAAUAAAGACGGCCAAUUCAAGUACUUGGGCUAGCGCAACUGUAGCGGUCGAAUCUAAAGAUGUCGCUGCCAAUUCCAGCUUGGCCAUCCUCCCCAAGUUGCGUGGGCCAUGGCUCGACCGUCUAGAGCUCGUCUCCGAACAAGUGUCAUCAGGCAAGACGGGAAGUAUGACGAUGACGCCGUACGAUGACACGUGGGAUGGCGCUGAUCAAAAAGUGACCGAACUUCAAGAUGGAAUACCACUCCCAGCUCCGUCCCAACAGUUCGCUGCUACUAGAUGGGAUAAUUGGAACCAAGCCUUAUAUCUCGGACUCCUCCAGGGAGGCAAGACCGAGGGUAGUCAUUGGGACGGUAAACAAAUGAACCCUAUUUCAAGUUUCCAGUUCAAAUCCGGCCCGGAGACCAACUUCACGGCCAUCGCAAUGUCGCCGGAUGCUAUGUUUUAUGGCAUCUCUAACAAUGAGAUCUUAGAGUACUCGCUAGACACGUCAGAUCCGUCAAACUUCAAUUACGUGGGAAGAGUAUAUCCAUGA